ACCUGCGCCGGGCUUCUAUUAGCGACAAGCUGCAAAAUGGCCGAUACUCAGGUUCAGCCGGGAGAUCAAGUGAGCUGGAAAUGGGGUCAAGGACAUCCUAGCGGCGAAGUGGUUGAAGUCAAGGAGCACGGCGAACUGGCCAUUGAAUCCAACAAAGGGAAUACGAUCAAGAGGAACGCUUCGCCCGAAGACCCGGCCGUACACAUAGCGAGGGAGGGAAAUGAUGUCGUGAAGCGUGCGCAUGAGGUCGACAUCGAAAAGAAGGCUAAUGGGCCUGAUGAACAACAAGCCAAUGGUGAGCCAAAGACCGAGGGGCAGAAGGAGGAGAACCAGCCCGAGGCAGAGGAAAAGCAAACUGAGGGACAGGAAAAGAAGCAGGAGGGUGAGCCCAAGGCUGCUGAGAAGGAGCCUGAGAUUGAGACGGAAAAGAAAGAUGUGGAGAUGAAGGGGGCUCCAGCCACGGAGGAGAAACCUACCGAGGAAAAGGAAGAACCCGCCAAAGAGACCGGUCCUGCCGAAAAGGCAGAAGAAGCGAAGGCAGGAGAAGAAGAAACCCAGCAGCCCCAGGAAGAGAAACCCGCAGCCGAAGUCACACAAGCCGACGAAGAGGAAUCCAAGACUGGCGAGAAGCGGAAAGCACAUUCCGCCGCCGAAGAAGAGAAGGCUGAAGGCGAGGAACAGGAACAGAAAGAGCCGCCCACGGCCAAGAAACAGAAGAAAGAGAAGAAGGAACCGGUUCGCAAGAGGCAGCCUAAGAAGCCGGCGACUGCCGAUGGGCAGCCCAGACGUAGUGCGAGGCAUAAAUAAUCGUUAUGCGCUCAUCUGGGAACGUUGUGCAGUUAUUUCUUGAAGGGUCGUAGGGGAGGGAAAUGCGAUUGAGGGUCGUACCGGUAAGCUCAGGAUCUCCUGCUAUUUUUCCAAAGUACGCGUUGGACACGGUGC